AUGACUGCAACUGAAGCCGCUACAAUGGAUGCAACCGAGGCCGCCACUGAGGCUUCAACUGAGGCUUCCACUGGAGUUGGAUCUUCCAGGAGACUUGAGACCGCUGCACCUACAGAUGCUUCUACCAUGGCCGCCACCGCAUCAGAAACUGCAGCUGCCACAGAAGUUGCCACUGAGGCUGCCACUGAAGCUGCCACUGAAGCUGGAACUUCCCGCCGCUUGGAAGAGACUGCUGCCCCAACAGAUGCUGCUACAAUGGCUGAGACUAUGGCUGCCACUGAAGCUGCCACCGAAGCAGGCACUGAGGCUGCCACUGAAGCUGCAACUGAAGCUGGAACUUCCCGACGAUUGCAAGAGACUGCCGCUCCAACAGAUGCUGCUACAAUGGCUGAGACUAUGGCUGCCACUGAAGCUGCUACCGAAGCAAGCACUGAGGCUGCCACUGAAGCAGGAACUUCCCGACGAUUGCAAGAGACUGCUGCCCCAACAGAUGCUGCAACAAUGGGCGCAACAAUGGUUGACACUGAGGCACCCACCACAGAAGCACCAACAUUGGCUCCAGAAGGCAAAGACAAGGAUGACAAGGAGGCAAAGAAGCAAGCAGGCAAGCGCCAAAGAAAGCGACGACAGGUUCGUGGCUUGCAGGAGACUGCGGCCCCAACAGAUGCCGCUACAAUGACUGAGACUAUGGCUGCCACUGAAGCUGCUACCGAAGCAGCCACUGAGGCUGCAACUGAAGCUGGAACUUCCCGCCGCUUGCAGGAGACAGCGGCCCCAACCGAUGCCGCUACAAUGGCCGAGACUAUGGCUGCCACUGAAGCUGCUACCGAAGCAGCUACCGAAGCUGCCACUGAGGCUGCCACCGAAGCUGGAACUUCCCGACGAUUGCAAGAGACUGCCGCCCCAACCGAUGCCGCUACAAUGGCUGAGACUAUGCUGCCACUGAGCUGCCACUGA